GUCGUAUUCGAUCUAUUUCCGGAAACAGUGCAGAAUGUGGGUUAUUUGGGAGCUGUAUUUUGCGAUAAAGGGGGUCUGAUCUCCACAAAUACGACUGAAAAUCCUGAUCUUUGCAACACGCUAACUUCAGCUUCCCACAGUGUUACAGAAGUUGACGGUUGGAAUCCACAAUGACAGGAGUUUCCACAGAGAUGAACUUUGAUGAUGUGUCAGUGAAGGUGGAGAUGGUGGAUGAAGAAUAUGAUUGUAAUGGUUCACUCCAGCCCAACUCCAGUGCCAUGGCCGAUAUUAAAACAGAACCCUUAGAGCUAAACGAGAGCUAUGGUGUCCUCACAGAGCCUCAGGUACCAACCAAUAGUAACCCGGGGAUUCUCCUGGGAAACCCUGUCAUCUCAUCCCCACCCAUCAUGAAUAGAGCUCAGUUGGACAAUUAUACCAUGAAUGCAGCCGAUGUUCCUACCAAGAAACAAAUUGCAGCCCUUGUUAAAGUAGCUGCUCCCUCAACAGCAUGUACUACAAUCAAACAAGAGGUGGACAGGGCUUGUCAUAGAUUGUCACAAGAAGGGGAGCAGUCCUUAUUUCUGUCAGUCAAUGUGGAGAAGAAGUUGUGUAGCUAUGUUGGAUCUGACAUGGGACGACAGUUUCUGAGCAAGCGGCCAGACAUCAUGGAGCACUUCUUCCAGUUUUGUCAGGUUCUCUACAAAACAGAAACAGAGGCACCCAGCAACAGCAGUGCAGCAACUCCACCUGUUAAAAAGAAACCAAAGGCGAAUAUCAGGAGACCCAACAUCUUACAACAGAGACACUCCACACAGAAUGCAUCGGUGCCGGUGACUGCCCCUGUGAAGGCUCCAGCUGUCGUUAUUCCAGCCAGUCAGCGACAGCCCGCGUCCAACUACCUGCCCGUUUUACAGCCCAGGGCUAUCCCAGCAGUCACUCAGGCCAUGCCCGAAGUGGCCCGCAUUCUGAACUCAUCCACAUUUACAAAUAUCAAAGGUUUUGUCCCGGUGGCUUUGGAGUCGGGUCAGAAAAGGAAAGAUGCAAGUCAAAGAGAAGAGCAGACAGAUAAACCAAAGGAGAUGGAUAACCAUAUGCCGUUUAGGAUGAAUAUCAAGAAAUUGAAAGCCGGAGCCACCAAGUCUACCCUGAUGACAUUACGAAAAUCACUUGUAAGCAAAUCCGCAAGUUUAGAUACUGCAGGGAACACUGAAGGAGACAAAUCCAACGAAAACUCAACAAAUAAUCCAGCCGGUCAAAAUCAGGUAAGCUAUGGAGAAGUUUUGAAGAAGGCCAUGAAGAAUUCCUUGUCUGAUAAGUCAUCCAUACUUGCAGAAAAGUGUGACCUGACUCAGGAGAUUACUCCUCAGGAGUAUGAUUUAUCUCUUCUCCAGAAGGAAACAUCGAAAGCUGCCCCUGACUGGGACCAUAAUUUGGAGCCGCCAAGUGAAUUGUUCUCCAAGACGAUCAAACUCAGUGAGACAGGCACUGAUGUCAAGACUGUGUUCCAAACCUUCACAGCUAAAAAAUUCAAAAAAGGGGAUAAAAAGCCGAAAAUGAAACCCAUUAUGUUACGGGAGAGCAGUGCUAUACAAGCAGAGGAAAAGACCGAGUCCUCUCGACCUUACAGCUUCAGGCAGCGCACAAAGAAGAAACGAUUUGGAGAUGACUAUGUGGAGGAUUUCAAGGAAGAACCCAAGGAAGAGGAGAAGGAGGAGGAAGAAGAAGAUAGCGGUCCCAUAAAGAUAGAGAUAAAGAGAGAAAUAGAGGAGGAGGAAGUUGAUGAUGACAAUGAUGAAGAUUUCAAAGUAGUGGACAGUGAAGAGGAAGAUGAAGAUGAUGAGACUGAUAAAGUGGAUGAAACAGAAAAGAUGCAGGAAAAUUCAAGUUGUGAAGAGGUUAAGAAUGAUGAAUUGGAAUGGAAGUAUUUCAAUGAAAACAGUUUGGAGCAGCUUUUUAAUGACCACCGCUACAGCGCCAAGAAAAACUGGAAAGGGACUUUCCAGUGCACCAUAUGUCAGACCUCUUUCAGGUGGUCCGUGUCAUUCAUCCAGCAUCUGGUAGAGAAACAUGAGUCGUUGCUACAAGACCUGAAGCUGCAUCAGUGCAUCAUUUGUGAUAAAAGUUUCCUCGGAAUCCGGGACCUGGCCACUCACUACAGAAAAGUUCACAAACAGCUGGACUGCUUCAUCUGCCGAAACUGUAAUUCAACUUUCAAUGCAGCUGUGACCUAUGACAAACAUGUGGAAAACUGUAGGAAAAGGGCUGAAGGAACAGAGACCAAUGAAGAAUCAUCACAGGGAGAGGAAAAAAAGUUUGUUUGUAAUGUAUGCCUUAAACCACUAAGAACAGCAGAAGGUUUGGAAAAACACCAACAGAUUCACAAAAAAGACUCCUAUCUUAUGUGUGAUGUCUGUGGCAUAAGAUGUACCACAAAACAGCGACUAAGCUGUCACAAAUACAACCGCCAUCAGAACAAACUGGGCAACUUUUCCUGCCCACACUGCGACCGCCGCUUCAUGUCCAUCUGGACCAUGUACCGCCACAACCAAGAUAUCCACGGAUGUACCCAGGUGAUCUGUCGUGAGUGUGGCCAGUACUUUGACACCCAGGAACAACUGAUGACCCACAUUACCAAUGAUCACCCAUAUAUCAGUCACGACGUGUCACGUUUUUCUUGUGAGGACUGUGGUAAAUGGUUUGACCAGGCCCGCUACCUGUAUGUACACUACAAGGAAGUCCACAGGAAGCAGAGGUCGGUGUGUGGAUUCUGUGGGAAAGGUUUUGAAAGUCGAGAGGAAUUCCAUGAGCAUAAGAAAACUCACGACCUCACCAUUCCAAACACCUGUAAGAUUUGUGCCAAGACCUGCGACUCCCCUGAUGACCUGGAGAAGCACAUGCAUUAUCAUAUGAGAGGUAAAACUCUUCACCAGUGUGAAGUGUGUAAAGAAGUGUUGAUCCGAAGACAAGACCUCGUUGAACACAUGGUGAAACACACCAACAAAUUACCCUUUAUUUGUAAGGAAUGUGGAAAGGGCUUCAAGAACAAAGGUAAACUGAAAGUUCACAUGAUUUCCCAUGUGUCGCAUCGACCCUUCCAGUGUGAUAUCUGUGGAAUGGCAUUCAAAAUGAAGGCCACCUUAAGUACUCACAUCAAGCGGCACAAGGAGCUAAAACCAUUCAAGUGUGACUACUGCCCCCUCCGAUUCAAAUCUGUCGAGGGAUCCCGAAAUCACAUGCUCCACAAGCAUAUCAAAAUGGAGGAUCUGAAAAACAUUAAAUUCAAAGUGUACAAAUGUGAAUAUUGUAACAAGCUUAUGGGGCAGAAGCAUAUGUACAUGAGGCAUGUUCGGCUCCACACUGGUGAGAGGCCCUGUAUCUGUGACGAAUGUGGGAGAUCUUUCACCAUGCCCGCCACCCUCAAUGUCCACAAGAAAACCCACCUCGCCAGGAAACCGCACCACUGUGACAUAUGCAACUUUGGAUUUAUUGAUGCCCACAAGCUGGGGAAGCAUUACCAGACACUGCGACACAAGCAGAUGGUGGAGCAGAAGAAGCGGGUCAAGGAGCUGGCAGAGACGAGGGCAAGAAACAUGCAGAAAGCAGUCGAGAGUGCAAAGGUCAUUGACAGUGUCAACAUUAAGUUGGAGCAGGUAGAUGACAUGGAUUUGUAUGGUGUGCCUGAGAGAACCCAGAUCCGCCUGGGGGAUGAAAUGGUAGUGGUGGAAAAAGCCUCGGAAGAUGGUCAGCAGGGAGAGAACAGAGAGCCAGAGGCUGCUAAUGAGGUUUAUUUUUCCUCGCUCAUUUCAGACUCAGUCCAACCAGACCCGGAACUUAUGACCCAAGUUCUGCAGGGCACAGAUUUAGAGAAUGAACUCCUGAUUCCAAAAACUGAAAUUAUGGAUGAAUGAAAAACUAUCUUGUUGUAAUUUGUUGAAUAAGAGGAGAAUGAGUCCAUUCUUGAUAAUGUGGAAGUUAGAAAGAAAGAGUUGCUUUGAGUUUUGUUUAACUGAAAAAGUGUACCGGUACUUGUUUUCAAUGGUUUUGAUAAAAUUUGCAUAGGUGUUAAUUAACGUAUGAUUUGAAUGAUUAAAUUUUUGUACAUUAGUAAAUAUAGAAAAAAUAUUAAAAACACCAUUAUAUUCAUUGCAAACUUGUGAAUGAUAUGCAAAAUAAUUAUUUGUUGUAUGUAUGUAAAUGUGUAUUGUAAAGCAUUAUAUACAUUAAUAAUAUCCACAAGGAAAUAUCUUUUAAUAAUUGCAUGAAAUCAGUUUAUUAUUAUGUUGGUGUGCUAUAAAUUUUUAAGUAGAAUGACAACAGAUUUGUCACCUUUGAUCUUUCAAAGAAAAAAUGUAAUAUGAAAUUUGUAUUUACCUGCAAUGCUGCUCUGUUGGAAUUUUAUUUUGAUUUUGAAAAUUAUGUACAGUAGAACAUAUAGUGAUAAUGCAAUUAGAGUAUUUUUUUUUUUCAUUUACAGGUACGGAAUCCGGAAAAUUUGUGUUCAUGUAUAUAAUUGUUAAAACCAUGUAUCCAUAAAUGCGCUUCUUUUCAUCUCGUGCUUGUUUAUCAUGAAACAUAUAUAUAUAUAUAUAUAUAUCAAAUGUAGACUGUUUACUGGGUGUAUUUUCAUAUAUAAGAUUUUUACACAUUUUUAAGUUUGUGUUACAUUUUAUUUACACUAGCAUCAUUUUAUGUUAUGGUUUAAUAUGACACAGUCACUUUUUGUUAUGUCCAGCCAUUUCAAUUUUAAAAAUGUGACACAAUAUGCAUGCAUGAAAAUAAAACCAUUAAGUGUGGUUUUUUUGAAUGUUUAAAUUCCCAUAAAAUAUUUUCUACUUUAUUACUUUUUUUAAGUGAUUAACUUUUGUUUAUUAAUUUUUAAACUAGCAUUUUCAAGAUUGUAGCCGUUUGGAUUACAGUAAUUUCUUGAACAUGCAUUUUUUUAUUGAAAUAAUUGGAAUUUCAUUUUCAUCAUUUUUUUUUUGUGUGUGUGUCAGAUAUUCACAACUUAGAUAUGCUUUGUUCUUCAUUUUCAAUCAUAUAUUGUCGAGUUAUCGCCUCAGUUAUGUUCCUAAAUGCAAUCACUGGUUGAACUUGUUUUGUACAGCUUUUGUCUUCUUUAAAAUUAUUAAAAUGAUUUAUUUUUUCUACAAAAUAUUAAAGUUUUGAAAAAUUGUA